GACUUGGUGAAGUUGGGUGCUGGCUUGCGGAGGAUUUUUUUCCCCCGUCUCUUUCAAGUGGGCUUUCCCCGCUGUUAAAGUGAUCGCCGUUUUCUCCGCAGUGGCCAUAAUCGUUUGUUUGCCUCUUCAGCCGACUUCCGCCCAUGUCCAACAUGGCGGUUGAGUAUUCCUGACCUUUACGAGGUUGGGCGGUGAUUGUUGUCUGGGCUGGUAGAGGGUGGAGCGGUUAGUAAACAGCAAAUGCGGGAGCUGCUGCGCGGGAGUCAGCCAUGGACUGGAAAGAAAUUCUUCGCCGGCGGUUAGGGACGCCCAACACCGCUACUAACAAAAAAAAAAGUGAACAAGAAUUAAAAGAUGAAGAAAUGGAUUUAUUUACCAAAUACUACUCGGAAUGGAAAGGAGAUAGGAAAAACACAAAUGAAUUCUAUAAAACCAUUCCCCGGUUUUAUUAUAGGCUGCCAGCUGAAGAUGAAGUCUUACUACAAAAAUUAAGAGAAGAAUCCAGAGCUGUCUUUCUGCAGAGGAAAAGCAGAGAACUAUUAGAUAAUGAAGAAUUACAGAACUUAUGGUUUUUGCUGGAUAAGCACCAAACACCACCUAUGAUUGGAGAGGAAGCAAUGAUUAAUUAUGAAAAUUUUUUGAAAGUUGGUGAAAAGGCUGGACCAAAGUGCAGGCAGUUUUUUACAGCAAAAGUCUUUGCUAAACUCCUUCAUACAGACUCUUACGGGAGAAUUUCUAUUAUGCAGUUCUUCAAUUAUGUCAUGAGAAAAGUUUGGCUUCAUCAAACAAGAAUAGGACUCAGUUUAUAUGAUGUUGCUGGACAAGGUUACCUACGGGAAUCUGAUUUAGAAAACUACAUAUUGGAACUUAUCCCUACCUUGCCACAAUUAGAUGGGCUGGAAAAGUCUUUUUACUCCUUUUAUGUUUGUACAGCAGUUAGGAAAUUCUUCUUCUUUUUAGACCCUCUAAGAACAGGGAAGAUUAAAAUUCAAGAUAUUUUAGCAUGCAGCUUCCUAGAUGAUUUAUUGGAGUUAAGGGAUGAGGAACUGUCCAAAGAGAGUCAAGAAACUAAUUGGUUUUCUGCACCUUCUGCCCUAAGGGUUUAUGGCCAGUAUUUGAAUCUUGAUAAGGAUCACAAUGGCAUGCUGAGUAAAGAAGAACUCUCCCGCUAUGGAACAGCCACCAUGACCAAUGUCUUCUUAGAUCGUGUUUUCCAGGAGUGUCUCACUUAUGAUGGAGAAAUGGAUUAUAAGACCUACCUGGACUUUGUUCUUGCGUUAGAGAAUCGAAAAGAACCUGCAGCUCUGCAGUAUAUUUUCAAAUUACUUGAUAUUGAGAACAAAGGAUAUCUGAAUGUCUUUUCACUUAAUUACUUCUUUAGGGCCAUACAGGAACUAAUGAAAAUCCACGGACAAGAUCCUGUUUCAUUUCAAGAUGUCAAGGAUGAAAUCUUUGACAUGGUUAAACCAAAGGAUCCUUUGAAAAUCUCUCUUCAGGAUUUAAUCAACAGUAAUCAAGGAGACACAGUCACCACCAUUCUAAUCGAUCUGAAUGGCUUCUGGACUUAUGAGAACAGAGAAGCCCUUGUUGCAAAUGACAAUGAAAACUCUGCAGACCUUGAUGAUACAUGAUCUCUCAAAGACUAGACUGUUCGUUAAGAUAAGCUUGAAUGCUACGUGCAAAACCUUUCAAGCUGCAACCUUAGAAACGGCCUAAAUAAACUACUUUAUGGGUAUAGAA